UGACUAUCGGGCCUUGAACUUUGCAAGGGGUUGUUUUGUGCUUUUUAUUAGCAACGCGAAUUUGGGUAGCCAACGCAUUGCGGCGGCGAACGGUGGCUCGCAGCUGAAAGGGUCACUGAUUGCAGCACCAUGCCUCGAGUCGCGAAGUCCAAUUAUCCUGGGCAGCUCGCCAUCGACGACGCAAACAUGGAGACCCUCAACCAUGUUCGUACGGAUGGACGCAUCAACGUACAAUUUCACUCCAACCCCCAGCAGCUUGCCGAAUAUUUCAAGCGCUUCCAUAGUUCUUUUGGCGAACAUCGACACAAGAAGCAAUCGCAAGCCUCGCGCAAAAACAGCAUCGCCUUCCUUGAUGAGAAAGUCGCUAUCAGCCCCCGACUAAACAUUGCCAUUCAUAUCGUUGGCUCCCGAGGCGAUGUUCAGCCUUUCAUACCCAUUGCGCAGUUGUUGCAAAAGCAGCCGUUCAACCAUCGAGUGCGAAUUUGUACGCAUCCGGUAUUUAAGGCCUUUGUCGAGUCGAAUGGCGUCGAGUUUUUCAGCAUUGGUGGUGACCCAGAAGCCUUGAUGGCAUACAUGGUGAAGAACCCAGGGCUUCUCCCAAGCAUGAAAAGCAUCAAAGCCGGCGAUAUUAGCAAGCGUAGGAAAGAGAUGACUGAGAUAAUGAAUGGUGUCUGGAGAAGCUGUAUAGAGAGCGGGGACGGAAUGGGCACGAGGAUAUCUGCGGCUCAGGUACCCGACGCAAAAGACCUCUUCAUCGCAGAUGCCAUCAUCGCUAAUCCGCCAUCCAUGGCGCAUAUUCACUGCGCGGAAAAACUUGGCAUCCCGCUACACAUGGUGUUUACCAUGCCGUGGUCACCAACGCAGGCAUUCCAUCAUCCGUUAGCAGCAAUGGACUACGGUGAAGCUGAUAAGAAAGUUGCCAACUACCUGUCUUAUAUGGCGAUGGAGCUGUUGACAUGGCAAGGACUAGGAGAUCUGAUCAACAAGUUCCGAACACGGACGCUGCGGCUCGAUCCCAUCAGUCCUAUGUGGGGAUACCAACUCCUCCCCAGAUUACGCGUUCCAUACACCUACCUCUGGUCAGAGUCACUCAUACCCAGACCACAAGACUGGGACUCCCACAUCAACAUCACCGGGUUCUCUUUCUUAAAUCAGGCUACAUCAUACACACCUCCCGUAGAUCUCAGCGAAUUUCUCGAGAGUGGUCCUCCGCCUGUCUACAUUGGAUUCGGCUCUAUAGUUGUAGACGAUCCUCAAGCCCUUACUCGGCUCGUCCUUGAAGCGGCAAAACUUGCCAACGUCCGAGCUAUUGUUUCAACAGGCUGGGGCGGUGUUGGCGGCGGCGGCGAAGAAGUUCCCGACAAUAUCUACCUCAUCGGAAACUGCCCUCACGAUUGGCUUUUUCAGCGCGUAUCAGUCGUCGUCCACCACGGCGGUGCAGGCACAACAGCAGCCGGUAUUGCAGCAGGGCGACCAACAAUUGUCGUUCCUUUCUUUGGCGACCAGCCUUUCUGGGGCGAUAUGAUCGCGCGUGCCGGAGCAGGGCCAGUGCCCGUUCCAUUCAAGAAGCUGACUGCUGCAGCCCUCGCAGCCGGUAUCACUUUCGCCUUGAAACCAGAGGUCCAAGCAGCAGUGCAAAAGAUGGCCCAAAACAUUGCACAAGAACAUGGCGCUGAAAAUGCAGCAGCAGACGUGCAAUCAAGACUCGACAUUGGUAGUCUACGCUGUGACGUUUGUCCUUCAAGGGUCGCGCACUGGAAACAUAAAAAAACAGGCGCACAUCUCAGCUCCUUCGCCGCCAGCAGCCUCGUCCACGCAGGUGUUCAAAAGCCCCGUGAUUUCAAGCUUUUACGUCAUAAGCAUUGGUACGUAAACGAAGGUGCGGAGGGCCCCAUCGUUGGCGCCCUAGCUUCAGUAUCCGGCUUCUUCAUGGCCGUCGGCACCGCAACAUCUGAAUUCUUGUAUCAGUUAAAAGUGCCUCCUGCGGUUAGACCACGAGAGGAGUCCAUCAAGUCACCUCCACCUACAAACAACGCGAAUGGCGAAAGAGCCGUUUCGCCGCCCUCGUCUUAUCUCAACGACCCUGCGGGAGAAAUACCACCGCGCCCGCUUAAGAUACAGCAAAUGCAACACUUGGCCCACAAAAUGGCAACAAAGUCCCUAUCCGCUGGCGACGCAACCAUACCAGAAGGACCCUCGCCGACGUUCCGUGAAAGACAUAAGAUGAUGUGGAAGGCCCGAGACAAGGGAGAGCAUGGCCGAGCUUACCACAUUACUCGCGCUUUCACUUGUUACGCUGGUCAGUUGGCAAAGAUUAGUCUUGAAGCACCUAUAGCAUUCUUCUACAACGUGGCGAAUGGGUUCCACAAUUCUCCUUCGUAUGUUUGGAAUGGUGGACCGGUGAGGCGGAGAGACGAGAUUACCGGAUUUGGAAGUGGUCUCAAGGCUGCGGGGAAGGAAUUUGCGAUGGGAUUCUAUGAUGCUCUUAGCGGCAUUGUGGUUCAGCCAUACAUAGGCGCAGAGAGAGACGGUGGAAGGGGUUUAGCAAAGGGGGUUUUGGGCGCUGGAGCUGGUUUCGUCACUAAUGUUGGUGCUGCCGUCUUCAGCUUACCUGGGUACACCUUGAAAGGGAUAGAAAAGGAAUUUGCAAAGCGCCACUUGACGAAACUAACGGCGGAGAUAAUGCUCGUCCGGUUGAGACAAGGCAUCGAUGACCUUCACCAUUCAACGCAAGCCGAGAGACGACAGGUGGUAACGCGAUGGGGGCAGUUGCAGAGAUCCUAAAUCAUGUCUGGCCAUUUCUCUAAAAACGACCUAUUCAACAAACUAUGUCUCCCUGGUGGGCGGCCGAGUCCCUUGCACAUCCUUCUCCCCAACUCUCGCGCUCUUCUCUUUGGCGGUGUUUAGUUUCGAAAUUAAGGAACUCUCGCACGGGCUAGGCAGUAUUUCUAAUGGAGUUUUUGAC